AUGCGCGCGCUCCUUCGUCUUCUCCUGCUACGCAUGGCUCGCGGUCAUAGCAGUACGUCAACGCCCACGAGGUCCUCUGGUGGGAUCAGUAACCACCACACUUUCUCGCCUGUUGUGAACCCCAUCCUGGAGAAGAAGCGCGAGGCGCAGCGUGAAAGCCACCGCGCGUACCUGAAGAGCAACAGCGACUACAACCGAGCUGAGAUCAAGUACUUAUCGAUCGAGUCCGAGAUCCGCCUGGCCGAGUUCUGGCUGGAUAUCGUCACCAAGAAUUUGGAGGACGUGGGCAAGCGCAUUGAGGUGCACGACUGGAACUUCCAGAAGAUCACAGGGCAGAGUGACGCGUAA